AAAAAAAAUUUCUGCCACGUCUUCUGUCAAGUUGUAAGCGAGCGACUUGAUCUGCAAAGUAAAGUCUGAAUUGACUGUGUCUUUAAAGAGGUUGUAGGAAUCGACUAGAAAUGACAAUAGUGUUUUUGAGUGUGCUAUUAUACGCUUUGUUGAGCUGGUCGUCUGGAGCCUUGAUCCCGGAGCCAGAAAUCAAAAUUGAAGUUUUGCACAAACCUUUUAUUUGCCAUAGAAAAACUAAGUAUGGUGAUAUGUUGUUGGUGCAUUAUGACGGUUUCUUAGAAAAAGACGGCACACUUUUUCAUUCAACUCGCAAACAAAAGGAUGGGAAUCCUGUGUGGUUUACACUUGGCAUAAAAGAAGUCAUCAAAGGCUGGGACAAAGGUUUAAAGGAUAUGUGUAUUAGAGAGAAACGGAAGUUAACUGUUCCCCCAGAUCUUGCAUAUGGAAAAGAAGGGAAAGGAAAGAUCCCUCCAGAAAGUACAUUGGUGUUCGACAUUGAAUUGAUGGAGAUUAGAAAUGGACCACGGUCACAUGACUCAUUCCAGGAGAUGGACCUUAAUGAUGACUGGAGGUUAUCCAAGCAAGAGGUGAAAGAGUAUCUAAAGAAGGAGUUUGAGCGGAAUAAAGUACCAGCAAAUGAAUCUCAUCAAGAUACUUUGGUUGAAGACAUAUUUGAAAAUGAAGAUGAAGAUGGUGAUGGCUACAUAUCUGCUAGAGAGUUCACAUACAAACAUGAUGAACUGUAAAAUGCUAAUAUUCAGGUUGAAAGUGACAUGAUGAUCUUCUUUGACCCAUCUUUGAUAUACUGUUAACAUCGCAAAUGGAACCACAACUUUAUUUCAGACUCAACAGCUGUACACUCAGCUGUAAUGUUUUUCUACAUUCUCUACAAGCUACUUCACCACCAAUGUAUUUGGCAUGGAUUCCUGCAAAGAUCUGCAUAUGAGUGUAGUAUGUUUUAUUCUUCAUUGUAAUGUCCCUCUCUCGUUAAUCUAUGUGACAGAUAUUGACACUGUGGGGGUAUAAUAACUCCUGAAGGAAAAGUUUCUUGGUCAGCCAUGUUAUCAGUGUGUAGUCUGGUAUGUUCUUAUGUGCAUGAAACUGCUGCCAUGAUGCCCCUUUCAUUGGCCAGGGCAGUUCCCCAAGCUGGUGAACACGGGUAAAAACAAAAACAUCUGCAGCUGUAACAAGCUGCUUGCUGUAAAUGUGACAAGCAGCUGCUAAAGCUGUCACACGCUGAGCACUAAAACACUUCAGCUAUGACUGCAAAUGCAGUGUCUGCAUUCAUUUAUGAAGCUGUGAUGUCAUCACUGCUUCAUAAAUCAAUGCUAAUUCUGCACUCUGACAUCAUUGGAACCACCUGAUCGUGUACCCUAACAUUUUGUGCUUGGGGCAGCUGCCUCAUUUGUCCUGCUUUAGUUAUGGCUUUGGUACUAGGGUACCAUUUUCUUCUGGAGUCUGUUUCAAAUCCUUAACACUUUUUAGUUUCUGGACCAUUGAACUUUUCAUUGCAUUCAAAUUUUGUGUUCAGAUCCCUUUGCAGUUUGCUGUUGGGACAAGUUCCUGCCACAAAGUUAAAGUGAAGAUGGCAGCAGGUCAGAAAACUGACCUGCAGAUAUUGUUUGGUAAAACAGACGUAACAAUAAAUUUACACACACAUGACAAGGAAAAUUCCUUUACCUUUUUCAUUAAUUGUGGGAUCUUUUACAUCUACCUAAACUACCAAAAGCUGAAUUGUGCGACCUCUGUUAAAUGUGUCACCAAAGGAUAGCACCUCAAGAUUGCAAUACUCCUCUUAACACCACAUCACAGUGUCAGUCAUUGAACAUUAACACAAGCAACUGGUGUGAUGACAGAACCCACAGAGUUAUAAAAGCCAAGUAUGUUUGUUUUAGCCAGUAAACUGAUUGCUGAUGUACUUGUAACAUUCUUAACCUUCCACCCAUACAUACAUCAUUUUAGAAUUCCUCAUGUUUGUAUUGCAAACUCUUCUUGUAUAUGAUGAUGGGG